ACGUGGCUUUAGUUUACCUACCGCUCCGGAUUUGAUCCACCUUCAGGUGCGCUCCCGCUGCUCCUACGCGCUCCUCCGCAUCUUCACGUGUGUAAUUACUAGCACGUCUGUCAGCGGCAGCUAAUAAAUAGUCAAACGUUCCCGCUUCACUCGUAACUUUGAUAUAAAAAACAACUGAAGAAGUCCCUGCUUUGGUGCUUGAUAAUGAGAUACCUUUCGCUCACGUUCCUGGGUUAUUGGCUUUCCCUUCUGUCAUCGGUAGGCGUGGUGAGCUCUUCGGCAAGAGGCGAAGGCGACAAACUCGAACCACCGACUGUGCUCAUUGCUGUCAUACUGCGAAAUAAGGCGCACGUGUUGCCUUACUUCUUCGGUUACCUGGAGCAACAAAGCUACCCCAAAUCAAGGAUAAGUUUGUGGAUUUACACAGACCAUAAUGUGGACCAGACACCUGAAAUGGUUGACACCUGGGCAGAGGCAGUGUCAAGCGAGUAUCACAAUGUCAACGUAACCAGUGAAGAUGGUGAUGCAUUCUUUCCUGAUGAAGAAGGCUCACAGAAAUGGACAGCACAACGCUAUUGGCACGUCAUACGGCUACGUGAAGAGGCGAUCCAAGUUGCCCGUACACUGUGGGCUGAUUUUAUACUUUUUCUUGAUGGUGAUGCCUUGCUGUCAAACCCCAAAACAAUACAAGACCUAGUUGAGGAGAACAGAACCAUCAUUGCUCCAAUGCUGGACUCCCGCAGUGCAUACUCAAAUUUCUGGUGUGGCAUGAAUGAAAAGGGAUACUACGAGCGCACAGAUGAGUACAUGCCAAUACUUGAGAAAGAAAAGGUUGGUGUUUUUCCUGUGGUGAUGGUCCACUCUGCGACGCUGAUAAACCUGAACCACGCUGACUCCCGCAAGUUGACUUAUCACCCAGAGAAGCUAGAAGGCUACACGGGACCAAUUGAUGAUGUUAUCACCUUUGCACACUCAGCCAAAUUUGCAGCUAUUGAGAUGUUUAUCAGCAACAAGGACCAGUAUGGCCACAUUCUGGCUCCCUCCGAGUCGCCGGCACGCGAGGCAGAGGAGCUGUUAAACCUCAAGCUGGAUGUCACAGUGGAUGGUGAGCCCCUGCUGAUUUCGCCAGCUCUACAGUCCUUUAUGGUGCCUCUAAGGAAGGACACACUUGGCUUCGAUCAGGUCUACCUCAUCAACCUGGAGCGUCGGCCAGAACGGCGCAAGCGCAUGGAAUACUGCUUUGAGGAGCUCGGUGUCGCCUUCAAGUUCAUCGCCGCUGUCGACGGAAAGUAAGUCUGCGGUGCAGUUUGUGCAAUGGUCUCAAAAGCUGCCGAACCUGCGCAACAUCCGGAUGGCCCCGCGCCCCGUUCGUUCAAUCCGUAAGCGC